AUGAAGCCCUGGCUCCUGCUUACCUGGGCCACGGCUGUGGCCUCUUAUGUUGUCAACAACAACAACACUUGCACAUUAUAUCCCGAAUCCCUCACCCACAAUGGAGAGGAUGUCGAUGAUGCGCCCUCGAUUCACCAGGCAUUCGACAUUUGCGGUAAUGACGGGACGGUGAUCUUUUCCAACCAUACUUUCAACAUCAAUUCCAUCCUAAACACCACCAACCUCGUCAACUGCGAAGUCCUGCUUCGUGGCGAGCUUCGCUUCUCAGACGAUAUAUCCUACUGGCGCUCUCACUCCUACUCGGUUGUUCUGCAAAAUCAAUCGACAGCGUGGCUUUUCGGCGGUACCAACGUCACUCUACGUGGCGAGGGAGGCUGGUACAACGGAAACGGACAGGCGUGGUACACAGAGAACCGAAAUGGUGCCAAUCAGCCGGGCCGUCCUAUCAGUAUCACUUUCUUCAAUUCGACGAAUCUAUUGGCAGACCAUUUGACGAUUAUCCAGCCGCAGUUCUGGGCGACGUUCGUCUGGCAAAGCAAGAAUGUCUCGAUAACCAACUUUUUUGUCAAUGCUACGAGUGAUAAUCAGUGGGAUACAACCAACACCGAUGGCUAUGACUCCUGGAAUAGUGAUACUCUGCUCGUUGAGAACGCAUUUAUCACUAAUGGAGACGACUGUAUCGCUGCAAAGGGGAACACCACUAAUCUGCUCGUCAGAAACGUCACUUGUCACGGUGGUAAUGGUAUAACUAUUGGCUCUGUGGGCCAAUAUCCAGAUAUGCCUGAUUACGACCUCAAUAUCACCUUUGAAGAUGUCAAGUGCGUGAACUGCAUGGACGGAGCCUAUAUCAAGACAUGGCAAGGUGUCUCCGCCGACCAUGAUUCAAAUGGUGAUGUCGGAGGUGGAGGCCGAGGAUUGAUCAAGAAUAUCACCUUCCGGAACUUUGAGAUGGAGAAUGUCGGUCUUCCGAUUCAGAUUUCUCAAUGCAUCUAUACCGAGGAAAGUAACAAGUACUGCAAUACGUCGAAGAUGCAGAUUGAGGAUGUGACCUGGGCUAACAUCCACGGUACCUCGAGAUAUAACAUUGCUGCCUCGAUUUAUUGCUCCGAAGCACACCCGUGUCCGAAUAUUUCCUUUGAAAAUGUGGACCUUCGAAGUAUCAACCAGACAAAGGGACUGCCGGCGUAUGGAACAACUUUGCAACAUGAAGUUUUCCAGUGCACGAAUAUCAUCGGAGAGGGCAGCUCAGGUAUUCCAUGCAAUCAUAUCGCGCCUAACAACUUUAGCCAGGGCGUUUAUAGUAAUGUCAAGAGCUAA